CCGGCCCGGGGCGGGCGUGUCCGGAGGCCCUGGCCGAGCCGGUGCCGCAGUCCGCGCGGCCGCCGCAGGGCCCGGCACCGCCGUCCGCAGCAGCCCCGCAGCCGGCAGGCCCGCCCCCGCAGGCCCGGCUCCGCGCCGCCCGCGCCAUGUGGCCCCGCGGAGGAGGCCCCGGCCCGGUGCGCUGCGGCGAGCGGCCCGCUUCGGAGUUGCCAAAACAAAGGGGAUUUGGUAAUGGAGGCUUUGUUGGAAGGAAUGCAGAAUCGGGGACACGGCGGGGGGUUUUUGACAUCGUGUGAAGCAGAAUUGCAGGAGCUCAUGAAGCAGAUUGACAUCAUGGUGGCUCAUAAGAAGUCGGAGUGGGAAGGGCAGACGCACGCGCUGGAGACCUGCCUGGACAUACGCGAGCAGGAGCUGAGGACCCUCAGGGGCCAGUUGGAGAUGAAACACAAGGAGGUUGGAAGGUUGCAUCAGCAGAUGGAAGAACAUGAAAAAAUGAAGCAGGAAAUGGCUCUGGAAUACAAGCAGGAGCUGAGCAAGCUGCAUGAGGAGUUAGGCAGACUGAAGAGAAGCUAUGAAAAGCUGCAGAAAAAGCAAAUAAGGGAAUUCAGAGGAAAUGCCAAAAAUCACAAAGAAGACCGUUCUGAAAUUGAGAGAUUAACUGGAAAAAUAGAGGAGUUUCGUCAGAAAUCGCUGGACUGGGAGAAGCAGCGUUUGAUUUAUCAGCAGCAGGUGUCUUCUCUGGAGGCGCAGAGGAAGGCGCUGGCUGAGCAGUCCGAGAUCAUUCAGGCUCAGCUCACCAACCGGAAACAGAAGCUAGAGUCUGUGGAGCUCUCCAGCCAGUCGGAAAUCCAGCACCUGAGCAGUCGGCUGGAGCGGGCCAACGACACGAUCUGUGCCAAUGAGUUGGAAAUAGAGCGCCUGACCAUGAGAGUCAACGACUUGGUCGGAACCAACAUGAACAUCCUGCAAGAGCAGCGACAAAAGGAAGAUAAAUUGAGGGAGUCUGAAAAACUCUUAGAGGCUCUCCAGGAAGAAAAGAAAGAAUUGAAGGCAAAUCUUCAGUCUCAAGAGAAUCUCCUCCAUGAGGCAAGACUGCAGCAGGAGCACCUGCAAGCCGGAGUGAGGGCCGUUGACGUGCAGCGCACAGUGCAAGCCUCAAGGCCGGCAGCAGCGGCCCAGGCAGAACGGAAGGCUGCCUGUCAGGGCCAGGGGGACUUGGACAGCGUGCUGUCACGGCUGGAUGUCACGCACAGCAGUGAAGAGCUGCUGCAGGCGGAGGUCACUCGUCUCGAAGGCAGUUUGGAAUCUGUGAGUGCAACAUGUAAACAGCUGAGCCAAGAAUUAAUGGAAAAAUAUGAAGAACUGAAGAAGAUGGAAAUACAUAACAAUGAGUACAGAGCAGAGAUUAAGAAGUUGAAAGAGCAGAUCUUACACACCGAACAGAGUUACAGUUCUGCCCUGGAAGGGAUGAAGAUGGAGAUCUCCCAGCUCACGCGGGAGUUGCAUCAGCGAGACAUCACGAUUGCUUCUGCGAAGUGUUCUUCCUCAGACAUGGAGAAGCAGCUCAAAGCCGAGAUGCGGAAGGCGGAAGAAAAGGCCGUAGAGCACAAGGAAAUUUUGAAUCAGUUGGAAUCACUCAAGUUAGAAAACCGUCGCCUUUCUGAGACAGUAAUGAAGCUGGAAUUGGGUUUACGUGAGGCAAAAGAGAUCUCACUAGCAGACCUUCAGGAGAAUUAUAUUGAUGCGUUAAAUAAAUUAGUGUCUGAAAAUCAACAACUGCAGAAAGAUUUGUUGGAUACCAAAUCUCAGCUGAAGAUUUCUACUCAGAUGUGCAAAAAAAAAAUUGACAGAACUUUUAAAGCAACACACAGCAGAACAACUGAGUUCAAGGAAACGGAGUUCAAGCCAGCCCCCAAGCAGCGCAGGCCUGGGGAGGUAAAGACUGAGCACUACCCAGCAGGCCUGCCUUCCCCGAGAGGACAAGUGGCGGACAGCCCAGAGCCCCCGUCCGGGGUCCGCAGCCCCCCCAGCUCCGCCGUCAGCCUGUGCAGCUCCACCGUCUCUCUGCCUUCCUACUUUCUGUGUCAGGCUCAUUCUUUGCCUUCACCGCUAGAUAUGAAUGAUGCCACUUUUUCUGACAGUGUAUCUGAGAGCAUGAGCGAGCAAGAAGAGUUUGUAUCUUUGUCUUCUCUGCCUGUGUCCCCCCUGGGUUCGAUAGCUACCCGGUUUUUGGAAGAGGAGGAGCUGCGGUCUCAUCAUAUUCUAGAGCGGCUGGAUGCCCAUAUUGAAGAACUGAAAAGAGAGAGUGAAAAGACCGUGAAACAGUUCGCAGCCCGGAUGUAGCCUCCAAAGUCACAGUCGUGGAUGUGAAGAUCAACGCCCGAGUUACCGUGGGCUGAGUUA